AGAUCUGCACAAAUAAAUUGAAGUUCGAACGCACCUGUGUGGUGUAUUUUUCCUAAACCGAAUUGUUAACAUUACACCGCAAAUAUGUCCGAAAAGGGGGAAGUUAAUCUCACUGGAGCUAAACAAAGUAAAGGCGUGUGGCUUGUCAAGGUUCCAAAGUAUUUAGCGCAACAGUGGGACAAAGCAACAGAGAAGGGAGAGGUGGGGAAGCUUACUAUUGGAAAAAAGCAAGGCAAAACUCAGGUUUCUUUCAGUCUGAAUGAAGAGCUGACAACUAUCGGUGCUGUUGGGGAGAGUGAGUCUCCUCUGCAGGUCCCCAGAGAGCAUCCCUUCACCAUGAACUCACUGGGUGGACAGACCAUGGCUGUCUUCAGCCAGGGUGAUAAAGAUGAGCUCAGUCUGGAGGGGAUGGUGGUGCACAGAGCUGAAUGCAGACCCGUCGUCACUGACAACUACAUGAAGCUUAAGAAGGUUCAGAUGAAGGAGUCCUUGAAGCCCCAGCGUUUAUCACAGCAGCUGGAGCGAGCCAUCACGACCGUCUACAAGCCUGUGGCCAACCACGACUUCAACGUGGAAUAUGAGAAGAAGAAGAAAUCCGAGGGCAAGAUGGUGAGAGCUGAGCGACAGGUGGUGUUGGACAUGCUCUUCUCUGCGUUUGAGAAGCACCAGUACUACAACAUAAAAGAUCUGGUGGACAUCACCAAGCAACCCGUGACCUACCUGAAAGAGAUCAUGAGGGACAUUGGUACAUACAACAGCAAAGGUGCUCACAAAAGCACAUGGGAGCUAAAAGCAGAGUACAGACACUACCGGUCAGCUGAGGAGGAGGAGGAGGAGGAGGAAGAAGAGAUGCAGACGGCCUAACUUCCAUUUACAAGCAACUUUUUUUUUUCUUCCUGCCAGUAUGACACACUCUUGGUACUUCAGUUAUGCAGUAGACUUUAUUAUGGUUUAGCUAUCAGGAUUAUUUUUUUCUUUUCAGUGAUGCCAACGCAAGCCUUUGCCUCCAUGUUGGAGAGUCCAGUAAAGUUCAUUUUCAACA